UGGGAGUCAUCGCUUGAGCCUUUUACCUGAGAAGCUCAAGGUACUUUGCUAAACUUCUGUCACACACACUGUACGUUUUGCGCACAUAUGUAAGAGAUGGCUGCCAUCCGAAAGAAACUUGUGAUUGUCGGUGAUGGAGCUUGUGGCAAGACAUGCUUGCUCAUAGUCUUCAGCAAGGACCAGUUCCCAGAGGUUUAUGUGCCCACGGUGUUUGAGAACUAUGUGGCAGAUAUUGAAGUGGAUGGACAGCAGGUAGAACUGGCUUUGUGGGACACAGCUGGGCAGGAAGAUUAUGAUCGCCUGAGACCCCUCUCCUACCCAGACACUGAUGUUAUACUGAUGUGUUUCUCCGUUGACAGCCCUGAUAGUUUAGAAAACAUCCCAGAAAAGUGGACUCCAGAAGUUAAGCAUUUCUGUCCCAGCGUGCCCAUUAUCCUGGUUGGAAACAAGAAGGAUCUUCGGAAUGAUAAGCAUACGAGGCGGGAGUUGGCUAAGAUGAAGCAGGAGCCAGUUAAACCUGAAGAGGGCAGAGAUAUGGCCAACAGGAUUGGCGCUUUAGGGUACAUGGAGUGUUCAGCAAAGGCCAACGACGGAGUGAGAGAGGUUUUUGAAAUGGCCACGAGAGCCGCUCUGCAAACCAGUCGUGGGAAGAAAAACUCUGGGUGCCUUGUCUUGUGA